UGCCACCGGUCUCCCGCACGCGAUGCCUCCUUUGCGCACGGCCCUGCCGCCGGGCCCGCCGGGCUGAUAGGAAGUUACAUUUUCUCCUCUGUGUUCCUGGAGGGAAACAUCAGGAAAAUGUCCAGCCAUUGAGGGCAGCGAGUGGUCAACGUAUACAAAACAGUCCCUAGCUGGAGUGACCCGAACCAAGGACCACAGACAAUGACUGCAAAAUUGAGGAGAGUUGCGGCUCUCAAGCCCCAGGUCCGGGCUCCCAAGGAGCGGGAGAGGUUUCGGGCAGCGAACGUGGAGGAGGACUGGGCCCCAAGGACCGAAUCCGGCCAACAUGUGAAUGGAGAGUUCUGCCAGUGGAACUUCUGGCGCUUCCGCUACCAGGAUGCAUCCGGACCCCAGGAGGCUCUGAGCCAACUCCGCAAGCUCUGCCAUCAGUGGCUGAAGCCGGAGAAACACACAAAGGAGCAGAUCCUGGAAAUGUUGGUGCUGGAGCAGUUCCUGACCAUCUUGCCUGGAGAGAUCCAGACCUGGGUGCGGAUACAUCAACCUCAAAGUGGAGAGGAGGCAGUGACCCUGGUGGAGGAUUUGCAGAGCGAUCUGGAUGGACCGGACCAAUUAAUUCCAGAGUGUGUGUUUGGUUGGGAAGUGCUUCCAGAAAAUGCAGUUUCCAUGGGAGUGGCGCAAGAAUUUCCUCCUCAUGUUGGCUCCUCACCAGAAGCUCUGUCUGCUCUUCCCCAAGAGGUGAGCCCACUUCACCAGGCAAUGGCACCUGAACUUCAGAAAGCCAGGGCUCAGAAAUCGGUGACAUUUGAAGACGUGGCAGUGGCCUUCACCCACCAAGAGGGGCAGCUUCUGGACCUCACCCAGCGCAUCUUGUACCGGGAAACGAUGCUGGAAAAUUAUGGGAACCUCACUUCACUGGGAUUUGCAAAUAUCAAGCCCGAUAUGAUCUCCCAGCUAGAGGAAAUGAAAAACCCGUGGGACGAGACUCUUCCACAAGAGGAGGAUAGAGAGACUCCAAGAAACCCCUACACAGAUUAUAAAACUGGAAGUGAGAUGGAGAUAAUUGGCCCGAAAUGUGAUAUGCAUGAACAAAUGGAUUUUCAUGGGCUGUCAUUGGAAGGAUAUCAACAAAGUAUUCUCAUGUCUUCUAUGGGAAUAAAGGUAUUAGAGUAUGAGAACAGAUUGUCAAAACAGAGAAAGGGGAAACAGAAAUUUCUUAUCCAGAAUAAUGAUUUCAGAAAUAAUAUGGAAAUCCAUAAGAGAACCUCCAAGCAAAGAUCCUGUGAUUGUGGAAAAACCCUCCAACUGGGGCCCUGCCUUAUUGAACCUCAGAGAAUUAAUACUGGAGGGAGACCCCAUAAAUAUAACACAUGUGGGAAAGCCUUUAGUAACUCUUCCUCCAUAAGGAUACAUAUGAAAACUCAAACUGAAGACAAACUGGGCAAAAGUAAUGAAUGUGGGAAAGCCUUCAGUCAACCGUCAAGCUUUAUUACUCAUCAGAGAUUUCAUACUGGGGAGAGACCCUACAACUGUAAUGAAUUUGGGAAGGCUUUUGGGAACUCUUCAACCCUAAGUAAAGAUAAGAAAGUUUAUGCUGGAAAGAAACCAUGCACAUGUAAUGAAUGUGGAAAAACUUUCACUCAACGCUCAUACUUGAGCAUUCAUCAGAGAAUUCAUACUGGAGAGAAACCCUACAAGUGCAGCGAAUGUGGGAAGGCCUUUAUUGACUCUUCAUCCCUAUGUAAACAUAAGAAAGUUCAUACUAAGAAGCCUUUCAACUGUAAUGAAUGUGGCAAAACCUUGAAGAAUUCUUCCUCCUUAAAAAUACAUAUGAGAACUCAUACUGGAGAGAAACCGUAUAAAUGUAGCAAAAGUGAGAAAGCCUUCAGGCAAACUGCAAGGUUUAUUGUUCAUCAGACAGUUCCUACUGGGGAGAGACCCUACAAUGGUACUGAAUGUGGGAAGUCCUUCAACAACUCUUCAGCUCUGAAAGUACACAAGAGAAUUCAUACUGGAGAAAAAUCCCAUAAGUGCAAUGAAUGUGGGAAGACCUUGGCAUCCUCUGCAACCCUAAGAACUCAUAUGAGAAUUCAUACAGGAGAGAAACCAUACAAAUGUAAUGAAUGUGGGAAAGCCUAUAGGAAGUCUCAUUCCCUAAGAGUACAUAUGAGAAUUCAUACUGGAGAGACACCACACAAAUGUAAUGAAUGUGAGAAAGCCUUUAGGGACUCUUUCUCCCUAAAAAUACAUGUGAGAAAUCACACUGGAGAGAAACCAUACAAAUGUAAUGAAUGUGAGAAAGCCUUUAGGGACUCUUCCUCCCUAAAAAUACAUGUGAGAAAUCACACUGGAGAUAAACCAUACAAAUGUAAUAAAUGUGGGAAAGCCUUUAUUAGGUCUUCCAGAUUAAGUGAACAUAUGAGAAGUCAUAGUGGAGAUAAACCGUACAAAUGUAAUGAAUGAAAUGUAAUGAAGAAAAACUAUACAAAUGUAGUGAGUGUGGGAAAGCCUUUAAGAAGUCUUCCUCCAUAAGUAUACAUAUGAGAACUCAUACUCAAGUGAAACCAUACUAAUGCAAUGAAUGUGGGAAAUCCUGCCAUCAACUUUCAUACUUAAAUGUUCAUCAGAGAAUUCAUAAUGGGGCAAGACCCUACAAUUGUAGUGAAUGUGGGGAGCUCUUCAAUGACCCUUCAUCCUUAAAUGUUACAUAAGGUAAUUCAUACUGAAGAAAAUCCCAUAAAUAAUGGAUGUGGGAAGGCCUUUACAGACUCUUCACCCCUAAGAGCACACAGGAAAAAUCACACUGGAGAGAAACCCAAUAAAUGUAGGGAAUAUGAGAAAGUUUUCACUCACCACCUAUGCCUUAGUGAGCACAAAAGAAUCCAUACUAGCAAGAGUUCCUACAAAUGUAGUGAAUUUGGGAAAGGCUUCAAACAACACUCAAACCUUGCUCAUCAUCAGAGAAUUCAUACUUGAAGGGAAAUCCAAUAAGGAAUAUUUGAAAAGCCGCAUAGCCAUUUGUGCAAAUUUAAGUGUGAGCAACAUAUUGAUUUGGAAUCCUAUGAAAACUGGGGAAGUUGGGCUGAAAAGAAGGGAGUCAGGGAUUCUGCAAAUUUUGCUUAAACAGAGGCUAAGCCAGUUAUUUAUCAGAUGAUUAAAUUUUGAUCUGGAAACCUCAGAAAUUAAGUAUAUGGUCUCCUUUCUGUCUUGCAGUGUUAGACCUGCCCAAAUCCCUAUCUUAGCCCUUCUCCCUGAAGUUACUCAGCUUUCUAUUUUUCCUGCUCCCUUUAGCCUUAAGAUGACUUGUGCCCCUCUAUGCCCCACCCCCUUCAAUAUUCACUGCUGUAACUUCCAUUUUCCCUUUCACAGCUCCAACACAAUAGACAUUGUCGUUGUAGACCUGAUCAGUACCCCCACUCUCUGCAACUGCAUUGUUGGCAGUGGGGAAAUAGAAUUCGGGUAGGAAAUAGCUCUGGAGUUCUGGAAUAUAGGCAUUUUCCUGAAAGCUGUGCAUGCUUCCCUCAUCUAAUGCCAGUGAGUGAAAUAGCCACCCUUUUAUACUUGGCCCAAUGUGCAAAGAGCAUGACGGGAUCAGGCAGAGUUCCUCAGCCGGUGAGGGGAAAGGAGCGCUAAGUAUAAAAGCCACUGCUCUGGUCUCUUGGCCCCUUUAUACUUCCAGAGCCAAACACCACAUUUGAUAGUUGCAGCCUCACCUCCCUGUGCCCUUUUGGCCUCCCCUCACCAUGACUGAGCACACUGUCUGCCCCUCUCACCACCAUGGGCUGGCACCGGCUUCCCUCUGCCUCAUCAAGGAGACCCUAUCCUGUCCUCUUUCCACCACCCAAGUGGGAAUGAAAACACCUGCAGCCUGAGAUCUCAUACAACCUCAGAAAAGCUAGUGGCUGUGUAAACCAUUGCUGUGGGCCCUGAAUUUUGAAGAGAAAUAGUUCUCCUUUAACCUUAGCACCCUGCUGACUUUUUUAUUUUUUGUAUUGCAAAUUAUGGAUUAGCACAUUUUGCACUAUGACAAAGUUAAUCAGGUGAAGAGUGCAGUUUGCACCUUGCACAAACAACAUGUUUAAUGUCCUUUGGUGUAUUGCUUCCUGUGAUUGCAGGCUCCAAGCAAAGACUAAAUGUUGAAGACUAAAUGUUGACACACCCGCAGAGGCCGGGCUAGAUUACAGUGGAACUGUAAUUGAUAGAUUAGGGCCAUUAUGUGGAAGAAGCUCCAUAUAAUAGUCAACAAGCAUAGUAUAAAGGAUGGGGGCAAACACCUUUUGCUGCUGCGCGCUCUUUUCCAAAUAAAAAUGAUAUUUGUUAAGUG